ACAAACACGGCACCAGGAAGGAAGUUUCCGGUUCAAACCAAAGCGUCCUGCUGCAUGUGCCCCGACCCACGGAAUCGUCCGGUUCGUUUGUUGUUGAGCUGCAGAACCGGAACCUCAGAUCCAACGAACUGGACGAUGUCUGAAGAGGUUCCACCAGAGGGGAACCAGCCCCAGACCCAGUCCCAGACCCAGUCCACCCAGUCCACCCAGUCCACCCUGCCCAUGUCCCAGUCCCAGUCCCAGCCUGGGUCCAGUUCAUCCAGUGGUCCGACCUCGGCCAGUCAGUCGUCCAGUGGGUCUGGGACAGUCAGCAGUGUGGACACCAUCCCCGUUACCAUGGCGUCUGUCCCAGAGGAGCCCGAGCCUCAGCCCUGGGGACGCCUGCUGCCGAUGGCCGAGGGCUUCAGGAGCCACGACUGCAUAGAGGACCAGUACCUGUUUGGUCGAGACUCCCGGUGUAACUACGUCCUCAGUGACCCUCACAACAGAGAGAGAUUUAGAAUUUACAGCAAGAGGCACUUUAGGAUCUACAGGGAAGGUUCUGAGGUGUUUGUGGAGGACCUCAGUAAUAACGGGACGUUUGUGGACGGGAUUCCGAUUGGACAAAAUAUGAAGCUUCCUCUGGUCAAUAACUCUGUCCUCUCUCUGUCUGAACAACGGAACAGAGUGUUUGUCUUCAUGGACCUCAUGUCAGAUGAUCAGUCCAGUCUCCCCAAAGACCUGCAGAGGAAAUAUGUUCUGACUCGACAAAUCGGGACGGGCGUGUGCGGUGAAGUGCGUCUGGCCUUCGAGAGGUCGACCUGUAAGAAAGUUGCUGUGAAAAUCAUAAACAAGAAGAACUUCCAGUCUGAGGGGACGGCAACACGCAACGCUCAGACGGAGAUAGAGAUCCUGAAGAGGGUCGACCACCCUUGUCUGAUUAAGACUGAGGACUUCUACCAAACUGAAGACAGUUACUACAUCGUGUUGGAGCUGAUGGAGGGAGGAGAGUUGUUCCAUAGAGUCAAGUCUCAGCAGCAGCUCAAAGAGUCGGUGGCUAAACUCUACUUCUACCAGAUGCUCUGCGCCGUCCAGUAUCUCCAUAGUAACGGGAUCAUCCACAGAGACCUGAAACCAGAGAACAUCCUGCUGUCCUCACACGAGGACGACUGUCUCAUCAAGGUGACAGACUUCAACCAGUCGAGGAUCCUGGAGGAGGUGCUGUUGAUGAGGACUCUGUGUGGAACUCCUUCUUAUUUGGCUCCGGAGGUUUUCACCAGCGCCUCCACCACCGGCUACAGUCUGGCUGUCGACGCCUGGAGCCUCGGAGUCCUGCUCUUCGUCUGUCUCUCUGGGUAUCCUCCCUUCCAUCAGAACUUCAGUUCUCUUUCCAUCACAGAUCAGAUCAUUUCUGGAAAAUUCACCAUGGUUCAGUCCAAGUGGAGAAACGUCUCUGAUCAAGCGAAGGACCUGGUGCAGCGUCUCCUGGUUGUGGACCCGUCUCAGAGGAUGAGCAUCGAGGACGCUCUGCAGCAUCCAUGGAUACAGGACCCCGUGAUGUUGGACACGGCUCAUAGACUCAUGUACCCGACCCAUGAAACCCCUUCCACAUCAGGAGCCGAGUCCAGGAGGAAAAGAGGACGGGACCAAGAGGACCAAGAGGACAAAGAGGACAAAGAGGACAAAGGGGACAAAGGGGACAAAGGGGAGGAGCGUCCUGCUAAACGAAGACAAGCCCCGCCCCCUGCCACUCCAUGAGGGACGGGUCUCGUGGCGCUUCGCUGUAAAUUACAUUUAAAGGUGUUUUCUAAUAAAGUAUUUUUCACCA